AUGCUAAUAACAACUUUUUUUUCAAAAAUUAUUGCAACAGAAGAAGUAGUUUGUGGUCAUCCUGAAGAUAAUUUAUAUACAUACUGUAAAACUGAGGACGUGCUUACAUCAGUUAGAAGCAGAAAAUCUAUUAUAAACAAUUUAUAUGAUAAUCUUACAAUAACUGAUAAAAAUAUUUUCGAAAUAUCUGAUUAUGCAUUCGAUAAUAAUUUACAACUUGGAAAUUUAACACUUAAUUUUGGUUUUGAUUUAUUAUAUUUUAGUGCAGAUGCAUUUAUAGGAUUGGAUAAUUUGACCGUUUUAAAUAUUAACAAUGGAAGAGUUUUACUGAAAAAUGAUGCUUUUAGAAGAUUACCAUCAUUAGAAUUAUUAAAAUUAGAAGCUAAUGAAGAUUCUAUACGAUUGUAUGAAUUUUUACCUAAUCUUGAAAAUUUAACUGAACUAGAACUGUUACGUGUUAGUGAAGUAAAAAUUUGUCCUGAUGAAGACAGUCUAAAUAAAAGCUUAAUAAUACAAAUUGAAAAACUUCGUUAUACAACUGGUAGAGCUCUUAAAGAAUUAAGAGCAAACUCAUUUUAUUGUUUAAAAAACCUCAAUUAUUUUAGUAUAACUCAAACUAAUUUGGAGACAAUAGAAGAAGGAGCAUUUAAUGGUCUAGACAAAAUUGAAAAUUUAAUAUUGACAAAGAAUUCAAAAUUAAGACAAAUACCUGUACUAACAUUUGAUAAUUUUGUUAAUUCAAUUGACCUUGAUUUAAAUAGCAAUUCAAUUGAAAUUAUUGAAGUUGGUGCAUUUAAUUCUAAAAGAUCUCAUUUUGUAUCAAUUGAUCUGAGCUCAAAUAAAUUGAGCAACAUCAAAAGCGAUGUAUUUUAUGGAGUUCAAUGUGAAAUUCUCGAUCUAUCCUCAAAUAAAAUUUCAACAAUCGAACCAUACGCAUUUAAUCAGACAAAAAUUUUGGGAUUAUUUGUGUUUGAUAAUCCUUUAUUUGAUCUUGAUGGUCAUUUCUCGGAGCUUAGUAUUUUCACGACAGUUUAUAAUACUGAUUCUUUAAUAUUUAUUAGAGAUAAAGUUCCAUUCAAUUGUACACUAGUAAAAGACGAAAAGUACGAAGUUUGUUUCCAUGAAAAAAGCUUGAAAUUAGUCAGAGAAAUGAAACAUGAUGACAAGGCAAAAGGUAAAUCAUCAAGAUCAACACUUGAAGUAUCAAGAAACAUUACAUCAAUUGAAGAAUAUACAUUUUAUAAUUUAUCUCUUUCACGAUUGAUUAUAACAUCAAAAGAAGAUAAUAAAAUUGUUGUUAAACCAUUGUGUGCUAAUAAUAAAUUAAAAUUGAUAAGUCUUGAAUAUUUUGGUGGUAAUAUAACACAAAUACAAGCUAAUGCAUUUACAUGUUUAGAAUUGGACCAUUUUACCAUAACAAAUACAAAUUUAAAAUCAAUUGCUGCAAAUGCAUUUAAUGGGUUGAUUAAUUUAACCAAAUUGAAUAUUAAUAAUGGAAGAGUUAUACUAAAAAAUGAUGCUUUUAGAAGAUUACCAUCAUUAGAAUUAUUAAAAUUAGAAGCUGAUGAAAGUUCUGUACGAUUGUAUGAAUUUUUAUCAAAUCUAGAAAAUUUAAAUGAACUAGAACUGCUACGUGUUGACAAUGGUAGAAUUCAACAUGCACCAUGGAGAGACAUUAUCGUAUCAUCAAAUGAAAUUAUACUUACAAGUAAUGUAUAUGAUUAUACAAAAAAAAGAAGUCAUAUAUUUUUAUAUAACACAACUGAAUUUGAAGUAAACAAUACCUAUGAACGACUAUUAAAUUAUCAUCAACAAUUAAAUAUAUGCUCAUAUAAUUCAUCAGUUUGUAUUGAUUCAAACACUUCACCGAUUCUCAAAAUUUGUAUGAAUGAAGAUGGUGUAUUAAAUUCUGUUACAAAUACAAAUCCAUAUAUUCCAAUUGAACAAUUUGAACUCGACAUUGGAUACAAUGGUACAAUUCGACAUGCACCAUGGCGGGACAUUAUUGUAUCACCAAAUGAAAUUUUACUUACAAAUCAAAUAAAAAAUUGUUCAUAUAAAUCAUCAGUUUGUAUUAAUUCAAAAACUUCACCGGUUCUCAAAAUUUGUAUAAAUAAAAAUGCUGUUUUAUUUUCCGUUAAAAAUACAGAUCCAUCUGUUUCAAUUGAAAAAUUUGAGCUUGACAUUGGUUGUAUCGAAACAAUUGGACCUUUUGCUUUUAUUGAUUCAAAAAUAAAAAAUGAGCUAACAAUAAAAUCAUACGUAAAAACACUCAGCGUUCAAAAAAAUGCAUUUUCUGAUUUACAAAAUUUAACAAAUCUUCAAUUUAUAGAUAGUCAAGUUCAAUUGACAUUUUCUAUUUUUAAACAUCUUUCAUCAUUGGAGUCUUUGGUAUUAUCAACUGAUGAAACAAAUGUACCACUUUGCAAUGUAUUGACAUAUCUUCGAAAAUUAUCCAAUACUGAAGCUGAAGAACCUGGCUUAGUUUGUGGUCCUCUUGAAAAUAACUAUUACACAUAUUGUAAAACCGAAGAUGUGCUAACGUCACUUACAAGUAAGAAGCAUAUUAUGAAUGAUGAACUUGACACUCUGAUAAUAAAUGAUAGAGAUAUUCUUGAAGUAUCUGACAACGCAUUUGACAACAAUUUACAACUUGGGGAUUUAACACUAAAAUUUGGGUAUGAAUUGAGUCUCAAUGAAAAUUCAUUUGCUGGUUUGGAUAAUUUAACAUCUUUGUAUAUUGAUAAUGGUAGAGUUAUAUUGAGAAAUAAAGUUUUCGAAAAAUUAACAUCAUUAAAAACAUUAAAAUUUGAAGCAAAUGAAAGAGACAUCCGUUUGAAUGAAUUUUUACCAAAUCUCAAAAGUUCAAUAGUAUUGGAAUUAUUGCGUACUUGGGAAAUAAGUAUUUGUCGAAAAACUAAUGGUCACAUGAAUUUACUAACAGUUGAAAAACUUUAUUAUACACUUGGAAGAAUGAUAAACAUACAAACUAAUUCAUUCAUAUGUUUAAAAGAUGUCAAUUUUUUGAGUAUAAGUCAAACUCAUUUGAGAGUUAUUGAAGUAGGAGCAUUUGAUGUUAGAGAAAUAAAACAUGAUGUUAUUAAAAAUGAAGAAACAUUUAUAUCAUCACUUGAAAUAUCACAAACUCUAACAUCAAUUGACGAUUAUGCAUUUUAUAAUUUAUCAAUAAGAAAAUUAGUUAUAAAAUCGAUACCAAAUAAUCAAAUUGAUAUUAAACCAUUGAUACAAGCUUAUGCAUUUACAUGUUUAGAAUUGGACCAUUUUGAAAUAACAAAUACAACUUUAACAUCAAUUGACCCACUUGCGUUUACUGCUGGAGGUUCUGUUCAUCAGACACCAUGGCAAGAAAUUAUUGUAUCGUCAAACAAUACUAAUCUUACAAGUACUGAUGACACCACAAAACAAAAAAAUCAUAUAUUUUUAUAUAAUGCAACUGGAUCUGAAGUUAAUUAUGCAUUUAAAAUUUUUAAAAGUCAUCAACGAGAAGUAAACAGUUGUUUAUAUGAAUCAUCAGUUUGUAUUGAUACUGAAACUUCACCUGUUUUUAAAGUUUGUAUAAAUUCAGAUGAUGUAUUAACGUCUGUUACAAAUACAGAUCCAUCUGUUCCAGUUGAAAAAUUUAACCUCGACAUUGAUUUUGAUAAUAAGGCAUUUUCUAGUUUACCAAAUUUAACAUAUCUUCGUUUUUCGGGCAGCGUAGUUCAAUUAAAUUUUUCUAUUUUUGACGAUCUCUUAUUAUUGGAAACUUUAAUAUUAUCAAUUGAUGAAUCAAAUGAACUACUUUGUGAAGUAUUAACAGAUCUACCAUCAUUAUUAAAUUUAGAAAUAAUUGAUUGUGAUAAAAUAAGGAUUUGUGAUCGUCAUUUAUGUGGACGUAAUAAUGUAUUCCGUAUUGAAGAACUCUUUUACAGUGGUGGUACAAUUGCUAAAAUCCAAAAUGAUACAUUUAAAUGUUAUAAUAAUAUCCAAGAAAUUGAAGCUACAACAUUUGAAUUAAUGAAUGCAAAUUUAUUGGAAUUAAGUUUACGUGACAAUAAACUAAAUAUCCUAAAAAAGAAUACUUUUUCUGGUCUCAAAUGUAGUGCCUUACAUUUAUCAAGUAAUGACAUCGGGAUAAUUGAAGACGGUGCCUUUACUAAUUCACAAAUAGAAGAUUUAUAUUAUUUUGAUAAUCCAGAGAUAGAUAUUAUUCUUGAUAAAAUUGAUCUUAGUAAUCUUACUAAAAUACAUCGAAUUCCAAAAACAAUUUCUGUACUCAAUCAACAAUCUCAAGCAAAUUGCAAAUCGUUAUGUCUAACGUGCGAUAUUAUAUGUGAAACUACAGCCUCAAAAAUUGCGACAAAAAUUCAAAAUCAAGAGAUGAUGAACAUCAAUUUAAAUAAUAAUAAAAAAUUUGGUAUUGAUAAACAUGCUAUUCAAGAUGAUGUAGAUAUGGGAAAUUGCAAAAAAUAUUGUGCAAAGUGUCCCGUAGUAUGUAACUAA